AUUGCUUUUUGACUUCGUAAUUAACUGCGAAUCAAGGGCCAUUUUGCCGGCCUCGUUUUUGUUCUUUCAUUGUUACUAUAAAACGAUUUGUUUCCUCCGUUGCCAAAUCGGGAACUAAUCUGUAAUCAGGCUUCGCCACAAACAGGAUCCGAUCAAGUCGUUGCCUCUUCAAUCCUUUUUCAUCUUGAUAUAUGGCUUCCGAUCCGAAGGUUCAUCUGUUCGAAGAAGUGGCAAAGCAUAACAAAACGAAGGAUUGUUGGCUUGUAAUCUCUGGAAAGGUUUAUGAUGUAACUCCUUUCAUGGAGGAUCACCCCGGUGGCGAUGAAGUAUUGUUGUCUGCAACGGGAAAAGAUGCCUCGAACGAUUUCGAGGAUGUCGGGCACAGUGAUUCAGCAAGAGAAAUGAUGAACAAAUACUACAUCGGAGAAAUUGAUCCUUCGACGGUUCCUUCGAAGAAGAUUUACAUUCCAUCACAACAAACCCAGUACAAUCAAGAUAAGACGCCCGAGUUUGUGAUCAAGAUCUUGCAGAUACUGGUUCCCAUAUUUAUUUUGGGUUUGGCAUUUGCCGUUCGACACUACACCAAGAAUGAAUGAACGAACAAGUGAUUAGUCGUAUCCGCGUCGAUUAUGUUUUGGUAGAAAGGCUGUUUUAGCUUGUUUUUGCUUGUGUUUUCAUGUGGUGGUUAGUCGUAGACUAGAGAUGUCUGCAUCGGAUGUUGUAUUCUACUUGAUAAUAAUUAAGCUAAGGACUACCUUUUUCUCUGUUCCA